CUGUCAAAACACAGACGUUUUAUUGUUAGGCCCAGAAACGGAACUGAACGGAGCGAGCGGACAGAGCGAAGGAAGGAAAAAAAUAGAUUGUUGUCCCAAGUCCUACCGAUCCGUGCGUGUCUGUGUGUGGGGCGAGUGUCGUGCCUAUUGUUUCCUCGGCCUGUGUCCGACACGGUCAGCCUAGCUCGCUCAUCCGUGUGCACGCCCCAGACGCAUCCGGACCCCCAGCAGUGCCAGCCACAAGCUAGUUGGGGUGGGCCAGAUAAGGAAUCGCACGCACACAGAAACGAAAAGAAAGGGGAAAAGAAAACAUCGCAAAUUUUGGAAAAAACAGGAACAUCCCGUUCGCAUUGUUUCGUUGCUUUCGCACAGCUGCUGUACGGCAUUGUUGCUCAUUGUUACAGGUCGGGCAGUGCGUGUGUGUGUGUGAGCGAUUGCCAUCAGUGUCCACAAAACCAGCUGGACCAGCGGAGUGACCGAGUACAUCCUUUCGCGAGUCGUCGUACUGCGUUGUUUGUGGUUCCGUCUGUGCGUUGGUGUGCGUAUGUGUGGGUGUGCUCCCGUAGUGUGAAUUGUCUUCAAUCUCACAUCCUCCAUCCCGCGAGCGGUGGUGCCAAAAGGGAAUCAAGUGGGCAUCAGCAGGGAAGGAAGUGUUACCGUGUCGUCUGGUUGUGUGUGUGCUUGAGUGUGCGUUUGUGUGGUUGUGGAGAAGAAAGCGCAAAAGUGUUCGGUUACGCGUACGCAUCCGGUAUCCGCUACGGAGCAGGCCAGGUGGAAAAUGCUGGCAGAAUGUCGCACCAAACCCCCAUGCUGAGUUCGGCCAUCUCCCGCCGCAAUCCGGAGGACGAGUACGAGCUGAUCCACAAGAUCGGCUCCGGGACGUACGGCGAUGUGUACAAGGCCAAGAAGCUGCAGUCGAAUGAGCUCGCCGCAAUCAAAGUCAUCAAGCUCGAGCCGGGCGAUGACAUCCAGAUCAUCCAGCAGGAGAUACUGAUGAUGCGCGACUGCCGCCACUCGAACAUCAUCUCUUACUAUGGCUCGUACAUGCGCCACGACAAGCUCUGGAUCUGCAUGGAGUACUGUGGCGGGGGCAGCCUGCAGGACAUCUACCAGGUGACGGGGCCGCUGACGGAGCUGCAGAUCGCGUACAUGUGCCGGGAGACGCUGCGCGGCCUCUCCUACCUGCACUCGAUGGGCAAGAUCCACCGGGACAUCAAGGGCGCCAACAUACUGCUGACCGAGCGGGGCGACGUGAAGCUGGCCGACUUUGGCGUGAGCGCCCAGAUCACGGCCACCAUCAACAAGCGGCGAAGCUUCAUCGGUACACCCUAUUGGAUGGCGCCAGAAGUGGCGGCGGUCGAACGGAAAGGUGGUUACAAUCAUCUGUGCGAUAUCUGGGCAUGCGGUAUCACUGCAAUCGAACUGGCCGAACUGCAGCCCCCGAUGUUCGAUCUGCACCCGAUGCGGGCACUCUUCCUGAUGUCGAAGAGCGGCUUCAAGCCACCGACGCUGAAGGAAAAGGACCGUUGGAGCACCAACUUUCACUCCUUUCUCAAGGUGGCCCUCACGAAGAACCCGAAAAAGCGACCGACGGCCGAGCGGUUGCUGCAGCACGCCUUCUUCCAGUCGGACAUGUCGAUCCGGUUGCCGCAGGAGCUGCUGCAGAAGUAUCACAGCCCGCACGCGAGCUACUACUACCAGGAGUCGGAGGAGGAAGGAGCCAUCGCAAAUGGACCACAGAGAAUUACGAGUCGAAUGCAUUCCUCCAAUUCUGUUUAUCAUUGUAAACCAUUGGAAAAUGAGCGUUCAUCUAGUCCAGAAACACUACCGAGUGAUAUGAGUCUAUUGCAUUAUAUAGACGAGGAGUUGAAGAUAAGGCGUACACUACCCCUGCACGAUAACUCACUGCUGGCGUGUGCGAACGAUGAUCUAAGCUCCGGCAGCAACGGGCAACAGCAGCAGCAGCAUCGUACCGGCAAUGGGUCCGGUGGUGGUGGGGCUGGGUCCACCAAUCAUCAUCACCACCACCACCACCAUAAUUUGCUGGACGACGAGGACAGUCUGAUUGCGUCGAACAGCAGCUACAUUACGGCCAGUUUGGCGACAGCGUCCGAGUAUGACAAUAAUGGGCGAGACGAUUCGACGCUCAGCUACGAUGCGAUGGAUCAGCUGACCGCGAAACUGGAGCAGCUGAAUGCGCAAAAUGGAGCAACGACGAUGGGUGAUUCGCAAGAGCAUGAGGGCGGUAGCAAGCGACACUCGAUGGAUCAGCUGAACGAGCUGUUCAAGGGAAUCGACAAGUCUUCCAGGCAGCGUAGUUUAAGCGAUGGUGAUGGUAACAGUGAAGGAGCAUCCGAAUCGCAACCGGACCUGCUCAACAAUACACCGCCCAUUCCGCCGAAGCGCAGCCAUCGCAGCCGGCGCCACACGCCACCCCGCCCCGUAUCGAACGGACUGCCACCGACGCCGAAGGUGCACAUGGGCGCCUGCUUCUCGAAGGUGUUUAACGACUGUCCGCUGCACAUCAACUGUACCGCGUCCUGGAUCCAUCCGGAGACGCGCGACCAGCAUCUGCUGAUCGGUGCGGAGGAGGGCAUCUUCAACCUCAACCUGAACGAGCUGCACGAUGCCGCGAUCGAGCAGCUGUACCCGCGCCGCACCGUCUGGCUGUACGUAAUUAAGGACAUCCUGAUGUCGCUGUCCGGCAAGACGGCGCAGCUGUACCGGCACGACCUGCUGGCGCUACAUUCCAAGCAGACGCACCGCUUCUCGAUGCACAUGAAGAAGAUACCGGAGAAGCUGGUGCCGCGCAAGUUCGCCCUCACGACGAAGGUCCCCGACACGAAGGGCUGCAUGCAGUGCUGCGUGACGCGCAAUCCGUACAACGGAUACAAGUACCUGUGCGGUUCGAUGGCGACCGGGAUCUUCCUGAUGCAAUGGUACGAUCCGUUGAACAAGUUCAUGCUGCUGAAGCAGUGCGAGUGGCCAUCCGGCAACAUCCAGUAUUACGGUGCAAACUCGAACGUGUUCGAAAUGAUCAUCACACCUGAGCUCGAGUACCCGAUCGUGUGUGUGAACGUGCGGAAAGGGCCGAACGAUACGCUCAAGCUGGAUUUGAUCAAUACCAAUAGCACUCCCACCUGGUUCAAUACGACGGUGGAGGAAAUGGACGGUAUGGCAACGGUCAUCAAUCGGCGCGAUACACUUCGACCAAUAAAAGUGCAUCAGAUUGAAAAGGAUGCGAUACUGGUGUGUUACGAUCGGUUCGUACAAAUCGUCGACAUUCAGGGUUUCCCAAAGCAGAGCCGCAAGCUCAUAUCGCGCGUGGAAUUUAGUUUUGUAAUCGAAAGUAUAGUGUGUUUAACUGAUAGUGUAUUAGCGUUUCACAAGUACGGUAUGCAGGGUCGCUCGCUAAGGAAUGGUGAGAUUACGCAGGAAAUUACCGACACGAGCCGCAUCUACGAGCUUAUCGGCAGUGACAACAAAGUGGUAAUGCUGCAAAGCCGCACCAUCCGUGCGGACAGCGGCGGCGAAGGGACGAGCGAUGUCGGCCACGAUCUGUACAUAUUGGCUGGCCACGAAGCAAGCUACUAGAUAAUGAGCUCCCGGUGGUGGCGAUAUUAACGUUGUUUUGCGUGUGUUUGCGUUGCGUUGCAAAUUCGCGUCACUGUGCAGUGGUUAGUUUGUUUUCUUUUUAGAAAAGAAGCGUUGGAGGUAAGGCCAUUCUUUUAGGGAGGAAAAAAUGGUUACGCUCCACGCUCCACUUUGGUUUCCGCGCAGAACAGCAAACCCCACGAGUGGUUUGUCGCUGACGUUCAAGGUUCAAGGCGCAAAAUUUGGAGGUGAAAAUGUACGACAAAUGACGGCAGACGAACACACAGUCACAUGACGGAACAGUUUGGGGAAAAGGGACAUGCAGAGAGUAGCCCAAAAAAAGUAUUAAUUUUAUUUAGUAGUACGCGUCUGAGUUCCCUUACAUUUGACAUUAAACGAAUGCAUAAUGCAGACGUUAGUUGAGAAAGGAGGGUCACGAUUAUGCUUGUACAGUGAUAUGCGGAUAAGUGCAGGUCUGCCACCCUGUCGAUCAGUGGUUUCAAGCGCAGCCAAAAUAUGGUAUCGUUUCUUCCCUCUUUUAUUAACACGUACUACUAGUUCUGCUAUUACUACACCUACCACUACUAUCCAAUUGACAUUGCCUUAGGCAGGCAAGGCAGCGGACAGCGGUUGAAUAUAAUUCACACUGAUAAUAUAUGCAUAUAUUGGGUUAUUUGUAACGAGCUACUCAUACUACUUGCUCACACGCAGCAAAAUACACAGGCGACAUUCGAAUGGAACGGAAGGAAAGCAAUAGCCAAAAGCAGUUGCUUAGGUUUGUUUAGAAAAAAAGGUCGCACUUACAUUUACCUCUACACUCAGCCACAACACUACAAAUGCAUUCUACACAAGAAGCCGUAAACCACACACACACAACAGAGUACAGUGUACAGCAAAGAGAGAAAGAGAGUAUAUUUUUAUAUAUCAAAUGAUCCGUUUAAUCUCUUUUCACAAUUUCGGUUGCUGCAAGAACGUUUGGAGAAUCAAGUUCCGAGACUAGAGAGCAGAUUCAAUGGAAGGUGAAUGGAAAUGUACUGAAAUGAUUAACUAACCAAAAGGAAACACAAAAACCAACUGCUACAACGCGGGGAAACUAUUUACACAGAUCCCUCUAUAAAACUAGCAUUUUGUUGUGGUUUCGUCGGAAUUGCUAAACUCCUGUAGAGCCCCCACAACACGAACAAGCUUCUCACAAGCAUCAGAUUGUACAUUUGAUAAAACAAAACACACACACACUCACACAAUACUGCUGUUAAAGUUGCCCCCCGCGUAAGCUGUGCACGUACAUGAAAGUGUGUAUGUGUGCGUUAUUACUAUUAGACUCAAACUCAAACAUGAUAAAAUAGAAGACAGUUACAUGCAUUUGCAAAUACAUAAAAAGAAACACUCCAUAAACAAUUAAAACAUCUUUGCGCGUGUCUCGUAUUGCUUUGUUCUACAACAGAAGGAAAAUAAAAACAGCAAACGAGCACCGAAAAAAAAGAGAACAGAACAAAACAAGUGAUAACGGUACAACACAAUACAAAUAGCAAUAAAACAACAAACAAAACCAUUCGGAACGCGUCAUUGAGAGGUAAACAAAACGACAAAACGAACCUAAUUAGAACACUGUAAGGCGGGUGCGGGGCUAAGGAAUGAACAAGAGAAAAGGAAACAAAGAAAAUUAUGCUAGUAUUAUGUCUGCAAAACAAAACAAAAAAACAACGCUAGACUGACGAUACUAUAAAAGUAACAAACACACAAACACACUAAAGCCAGUGAGAACAAAACAUACAAACAAUUAAACAAACAAACAAACAGUCAUAUUAAAAUUACUUUAACGGAUAGGGCGAAAAUUGCAUUAUAAUAUCCGCUGCAAGAUAUUCCAUUUUUUGUUUUUAUUUUAAUUAAUCAAUUAAAAGUUGUUUAAAUUAGUUUAGUUUAAAAAAUCCUCCGCCACCUCGGCGGAUGCGACGAACAUUUCCACCAAACGACAAUGGACCAUUUGACUAUUUUUACCCCCUAUAGACACUGUGAGUAGAGCUUUCCUCUGCACAAUUCCACCUAUUAAAAGCAUUCAAACUGUACGACCAACAUUUUAAGGUCGCGUUUUUAGACCUUGCGUGAAAGUGAAAUUUUGGGUUUUUUGUGUGCUAUAUUUCAUUAAAUAUUUACCAAAAUAUGGCUUAUCGUACACCAAAGGAAAGGACAUUCAAUUGGCAAACUAUUUAUACUACUAACUAACUACAUACAGGGUUUCCCACGAUUUAUUGGUCAGUUCCCACGAUUUUUUGAUCGUAUCCCAUAGAUUUUUGGUUCGUUCCCAUCUUCUUCUUCUUUGGCUCAACAACCGAUAUCGGUCAAGGCCUGCCUGUACCCACUUGUGGGCUUGGCUUUCAGUGACUAAUUGAUUCCCCCCCAUAGCAGGAUAGUCAGUCCUACGUAUGGCGGCGCGGUCUAUUUGGGGAUUGAACCCAUCACGGGCAUGAUGUUAAGUCGUACGAGUUGACGACUGUACUACGAGACCGGUUCGUUCCCAUAAUUUAUUGUUAUUUUCCGAUUGGAUAUCAAUACAAUUUGACCAAAAAAUUCUGGGAAACGGCCAAAAAAUCGUGGGAACGCACCAAAAAAAUGUGGGAACCCACCAAAAAUUGAUGGGAACCAACCAAAAAAUCGUGGAAACCUUGUAAUAAACUAAUAAGUUAAAUGCAUUUCCUUGUGAUUCGGGUAAUACACAAAGCAGGAAAAUCGCAAGUAAAUGCAUUUAAUUUAUUAAUUCGAUAUGUUUUAUGGUCCAUUUAGUUGGGGAAUUGAAUAUCGUUUCUGUUGGUGUACGGUAAGCCAUAUGCUGAUUAAUACGUAACGGAGUAUAGCAGAGGCGGUCCCGUGGUACAGUUGUCAACUCGAACGACCCAAUGACAUGCCCGUGAUGGGUCCAAGCCUAGAAGAGAUCGUCCUGCCGUAGCAAGGUUUUGACUUAUCCGACUUCUUCAAAUUAAGUGUCGAAACUCUGUGUAUAGCCCCGGUAUGCCCACGUAGGACGUUACUCCCAAUAGAAGAAGAAGACGUGUAGCAGAAAACCCCAAAAUUUCACGUUCAAUUUCACUGGAACUGUAAUCCGGGCUUAACGACCGAAAAAAAAACGAACAAACCUUCCAAAAAACAAAAAAAAAACAUGUGCAAUUAACUUCGCAUUCUUGUACUGCAUUUUUUCAAUUGCGAACGAAUGCGUUUGUGUUAUUUCCAACCAACUAUAUAUUUAAAUACCUUUUUGUCCUGUGUUUUUCAUUCUGUGUGUGUGUAAUACUGUUCGUGUUAUUGGUUAUUACUACUAUUGCUAGGGUUACUAUUGCCGUAUUACCUUUCUUUCCUUAAGAGCGUUGUUUCGCUUGAGAUUGAUAUGUUGGACAACACGUUUUCCGUAGUAGCAAAUAAAGCAGCGGGUAAAUUGUAUAAUACAUAGUUAGGCGCCCCCUGAGCAGCAGUCUUUCCCAUUUCCAAACUACCGCAACUACGCGCCCCUUAAACACCCAUUAGCACACUCACACAAAUAGUCAGUUUUUUUUUUGGGUAAUAAGGAGUGAUAGAGAUUCAUUAGUGCGAAUGUGCAAAGAGUGUGAGAGGUUCUGGGUUCUGGGAAAGGAAAUUCGGAUUUAUACAUAUAAGACACAGGUGGUGACACAAAAUAGCGUGUAAAAAACUCCCCCCAUAGAAACAAGAAGUUAAAUUGGGAAGUAUGUAAAAAGUGCUAAGGUUUGUAAAAGUUGUAACCAAAACAAAAGCGGGGAAAGAUGGAUGAAAGAGAUGAGCAAAACGCCACGAUAUUAAGGGUCGGAAUCACGGUACGAGAUAGGUGGCCAUAAUAUAUAGAUCUGCUGGCUAGAGAGAAAGAGAGAAGUAGUACUAUCUAGGGACAGCAAAUGGGCAGCAGCAUGGUGUCACCCGCCAAGUUCCAAUAUAAAGCCUUUGUUUUUUUUUGUUGCCAAAUCUGGACAGUAUUUACUUGACCGCUCCCGCAAUAUAUCCGUUAAAACGCGUUAAAUAUGAAGCGUUAUUCCAGAUUGUUUUUUUGCAUGUGUGCAACAGUUAACUUCAUUUAACACACACACACACACACAUCCCUCUUAGUAGAUUAAAUUUAGAAGAAUUUGUUCAUGUUUUAAUUACACGUUGGACACUAUCGAUCACACGUGCGCAACGCCGUUCAAUAUGCUGCACGGCGACAUCCCCAAAGGGCGCGUAAAUUGUACGCAAGAUUUAUCUAUUGUUUCGCUAGGGCCCACAAACACAAACACACUACUCUCACCUAAAAGUGAAACAGUUCUCCCCCACACGCGUUAAGGCAUUGAGGAAAAUAAAGAGAGUUUAAAGUAAUGUGA